AUCAGUUCGGAGCUGGAAGCCGCUGUGUACACACUUCAGAUCCGGGAGCUCCGUCGCAUACAUACGGAGUUUGUUGCUCUACAUACACACCCGAGGAAAUCCCGCCGGCUUGAACAAAGCACGAAAUAAAGCGCCGAUCGCUGAAGAUGGCAUCAGUGACCGACUCGCGUUCGCAGAAAGACGCAGCUGACCAGAACUUCGACUACAUGUUCAAACUCCUCAUCAUCGGCAACAGCAGCGUUGGUAAAACCAGCUUCCUAUUUCGCUACGCGGACGAUUCCUUCACGUCAGCCUUCGUCAGCACAGUUGGCAUCGACUUUAAGGUUAAAACGGUUUUUCGCAACAACAAGAGGAUCAAACUGCAAAUAUGGGACACAGCCGGACAAGAGCGAUACAGAACCAUCACUACAGCGUACUACAGAGGGGCCAUGGGCUUCCUGCUAAUGUUUGACAUCACCAAUCAGGACUCCUUCAACGCUGUCCAGGACUGGGCCACUCAGAUUAAGACGUACUCGUGGGAUAACGCACAGGUGAUUUUGGUGGGCAACAAGUGUGACCUGGAGGAUGAGAGACUCAUUCCGACAGAAGACAGCCAGAGUCUAGCUGAUGAACUCGGUUUCCAGUGUUUUGAGGCCAGCGCCAAAGACAACAUCAACGUGAAGCAGGUUUUUGAGCGUCUAGUGGACGUGAUCUGUGAGAAGAUGAAUGAAAGUAUGGACAGAGAUGGUGGUCCAUUGUCCAACCACAAAGACUCCAGUGUGCAGGACAAGUCCCUUGAGGAACACAGUGGCUGUGCCUGCUGAAAAAAAACUCUCUUCACACCUUCCUUCAUCACUUCUCUUCACCUCGUCACUACUACUUACGAUAAUCUUUGCUUUUCCUCUUUUAACCUAAACAGUAUCUGCUAAACACACUCAGAGUUAUUGGUUUAGAUCCUACAGCUGUAAAUACAUGUUUGAUUUAUUUAUUUAUGAUUUAUAAUUUGAAGUCAAGAUAGGAGGGCAUGGAUUAGAUCAUUUAGUUUUGGAUUGGUAUCUGACUCAACGUUCUGUGUGACGUCCCCUACGCAUCCAUGCACAUUUACGAAAAGACUUGUAAACACAAACAGCUGGAGAUAUGACACAACUUUUAGACAUCCCGCACUAGCAGUUAAGAGAUAAACAUCCAUACACACCCAUUCCCAGUGCUCUUUACCCUGUUCUCCUCUGGUCUGAUCUUCACUCUGAGCUCCUCUGAGGAUCUUUGUGGUUUUAGUACUGUUUCAUCAGAUCACCCGUGACGCAUUAUUAAGAUAAAUGCAUGUGCGUGAUUCUGAUAUGCGCACCUAUGUGCUUUGCCUAAACCAUUGGAACACACUGAAAUGAAUGUGUUUUACUUUAAGUAAUGAGUUGGGUUUUUUUGGUAUGGGAAUAUUCGUGACAUAUAGGAUAGCAAAAUAAACGAAUGAUAACUCACAAUUAAGAGUGUGAUAUCACACUGAUUCAUAACAACCCUUUACUCUUUCCUUCUGCCUCAUUCACGAAACACAAGCAGAACAAAUUUCUGUGUAAAUAGUUUGUAAAACCAUUGAUGUCAAUUGUUGCAUUCAGUUCAAUCAAUUGUUCGUAAACCAUUUUGGCAUAAAAUUGUUGCUUUCAAUUCAGUUUUUAAAACCAUUCUUAUAUAAAUUGUCACAUUCAAUUCAGUAAAUAAUUCGUGCAGCCAUUCUUAAAUUUUGGCAUUCAAUAAAUAGUUUCUAAAACUAUUCUUUCAUAAAUUAUCACAUUUAAUUUAAUAACCGUUCAUAAAACC